CUCAUUUAUGGGCACUUGAUUUCGCAGAAAAUCUUUUUCCUUAGUUUGUUCGUUGGAUUUAUAAUUUGAGUACUGCUGUGCAUAAAAGCUUCAUACUGACUUGCAAUAGAGUACGAACACUCUAUCUUCCCAGUCUCCACCUUUGAGAUUACACUGGGGUGCUGUAAUUGUUGCUUGUGAAUAUAGCUAAAGUAGGCUCUUCUAUAAAAAAUGAUGAGGGAAUUGCUUAUUGCACAAUGAAAUUGUGAGCAUAGAUAGGUCAAGAUGAGCUGACAAGAGCUAGAAAGUUCAGACAAGUUGCUCUAGCAAUGGAGGUCCAACUACAUGACUCUUUCUCCAUAUACAUGACUCUUUCUCUAGCAAUGAUGUGCUCGCAUCACUUCACGCUUUGCAGAAUGCAUGACGCGGAGCCUUUGUUGCUUUUUUCCACACCACGCUUCCCUGAACACUGGGUAAAUUAUCACUAUUACUACUAUUUUGGAGAUGUACAAUGGUAAACUCUUUUGAACUGAAACUGAGGUCUCUGUGGCUCCAAUCUCUUUGGUUCUUCAUCAGUGCAACAUGAAUGUAUUCCGCAAGCAAUUCUAGGCAUGGAUGUUAUUUGUCAAGCUAAAUCUGGAAUGGGCAAAACUGCUGUUUUUGUUCUUUCAACUCUGCAACAGAUUGAACCUGUUGCUGGUCAGGUUGCUGCCAUGGUUCUAUGUCACACAAGGGAAUUAGCUUAUCAGAUCUGUCAUGAAUUUGAGAGGUUCAGCACAUACUUGCCUGAUAUCAAGGUUGCUGUUUUCUAUGGUGGUGUAAAUAUCAAACUUCACAAGGAGCUUCUGAAGAAUGAAUGCCCUCAUAUAGUUGUUGGAACUCCUGGAAGAAUACUUGCAUUGGCUGGAGACAAGGACCUGUCUUUGAGGAAUGUGAGGCAUUUUGUACUGGAUGAAUGUGACAAAAUGCUUGAAGCACUUGACAUGAGAAGAGAUGUGCAGGCAAUUUUCAAGAUGACUCCUCAUGACAAGCAAGUAAUGAUGUUCUCAGCAACACUCAGCAAAGAGAUUCGCCCCAUUUGCAAGAAAUUCAUGCAAGAUCCAAUGGAAAUUUAUGUUGAUGAUGAGGCCAAGUUGACCCUUCAUGGACUUGUACAGCACUACAUCAAAUUGAGCGAAGCAGAGAAGAACCGGAAGCUGAAUGACUUGCUGGAUGCUUUGGACUUCAAUCAAGUUGUAAUAUUUGUCAAGAGUGUAAGCCGAGCAGCACAACUGAACAAGUUGCUUGUUGACUGCAAUUUUCCAUCUAUCUGCAUCCACUCUGGCAUGACUCAGGAAGAGAGAUUGACUCGCUACAAGGGUUUCAAGGAGGGGCACAAAAGAAUUCUUGUGGCAACUGAUUUGGUUGGCAGGGGUAUCGACAUUGAAAGGGUCAAUAUUGUUAUUAACUAUGACAUGCCAGAUUCUGCAGAUACUUACCUUCACAGAGUGGGUAGAGCUGGUAGGUUUGGAACUAAAGGCCUUGCCAUCACAUUUGUCUCAUCUGCAUCAGAUUCUGAUGUACUUAAUCAGGUCCAGGCAAGGUUCGAAGUGGAUAUUAAAGAGCUUCCUGAGCAAAUUGAUACUUCCUCAUACAGUAUGCUGUUACCUGAUGUUUCAAUACUAGCACUUACUUUCAUUUCGUUAUGUUUGUUGCUUUUCUGCACCCAAGGGGGUGGCCUAGUGGUUCAAUGAAGUGGGUUGAGCACCAUGAGGUCUCAAGUUCAAUUCUCAGAGAGAGACGAAAAAACACUAGGUGAUUUCUUCCCAUCUUUUCUAGCAUUUGUGGACAGUGUUACCUGGACCUGUUGCUGGUAGGAAGCUAGCAGGUAUCCCAUGGAAUUAGUCGAGGUGCGCGCAAGCUGACCCGGAAGCCACGGUUAUAAAAGCAAAUGUUUGUUGCAUUUUCUCAAUUAUAUAGGCAAUGUGAACUGUAUUAGUUAAGAAGGUUCUGGAAAUUUUAACUAUUCUCUGCGUAGAGGUUGAGGACAAAUAGGAUGUUUUGAAGUGGACAUGAAAAUAGCCCUUUCUAUGCAAACUGGUUAUUUUAUGUGGACAGAAGUUUCUGUUGUUAAAACUAAUAAUGAAAAUAAGGAGGUAAGCAAAAACAGAUCCUUCAUAUAUAAUAAACUUGAUUGGAUUAAUCAUA